AUGGGCUUAAACAAUGGAGCUGAUAGGACUCCCCCAAUGGGAUGGAAUAGUUGGAAUAAGUUUCAUUGUAAUAUUGAUGAGAAAUUAAUUAAAGUCACCGCUGAUGCUUUAAUUAAACAUGGAUUAGGAUAUCUUACAUGUGCCAAACGACCCGGAAGUCUCGGAUACGAGGAUAAAGAUGCGAUGACAUUUGCGUCAUGGGAGAUCGAUUAUUUAAAAUAUAAUAAUUGUAACAACGAUGGUACACCGGAACAACAACGAUAUCAGCGCUAUCCUGUAUUUAUUGUAGGAGAAGCUCUCCGCAUCUAUGGAGGAAUUCGUUGGAGAACAACGGAUAUCCAGCCAAGAUGGGGAUCUAUCUUAAAUAUACUCCGACAACAAGAAAGUACAAGAUACGCAGAUCCAGGUGGUUGGAAUGAUCCUGAUAUGUUACAAGUUGACAAUGCACAUCUUUUACGUAAGACUCCACCCGUUGAAACUUUAAAAAUUGUAAAAAAUACCGAGAUUAUUGCUAUUAAUCAAUAUUUAUUGGGAAAAUCUGUAAAUAUUGUUCAACGUACAAGUUCUUGGGAUAUUUGGGCUGGGGAAUUAUCUGAUGGUCACGUUGCUCGUGAGCUUUUUCUUCAUUUUCUUUUCAAAGUAAUAUCAUUUAUUAAUAAUUUAUUAUGUUAUUCAUACCGAGUACCAAAACAUGGCAUAACUGUACUAAAAAUUACUGGUGGAACGAAGAUGUUGGAAAGUGAUUUUUUGGUUCCAUAUGGUGAUGGUGGUAAUGAUUUAUUCGACGAAUAUUAUAAUAAUGCAUUUUAUAGAAAUUAUUGA